GACGCCCGCCUCAGGACGAGCAUCGUCUCCAUUUGCAGCGUAGCUAAAUAGUUACGCCGCACGUCAAGUCGGAGACAAUUUGAUCAUUCGCAGCCGGGGCGCGCUCGGCCGGACGAAGAACUGUAGGCGGUCGCGAUUUGGGACACUUUGAGCCGUCGUUGGACGCAGCCAGACCACGUUCGCCUUCUCCGGUAUAUGCUGAUGCUCCUUUGGCCCGAGUUUUGGACGGACUGACAUGUUUACGCCAUACUUUGCCCCUUAUAGAAUUUUGGGAACUUGUCAUAGUGGAAGCUUAAAAGACGGCACGACAAAGCAUUCAGAGCCGGCCAGCUGAGGUGAAGGCAAGGGCACAGUGUGGAUGAGCCGCCCUGGAAACGAGGACCAUGAUCUGAAGGCUCGCCGGUCCGCUGUUCUUUCUCCAUCGUCAUCAUUGAAUAAACGGCUCCCGUGUCCGGCAGGAAGUGUUUCAACGUAACAAGCAGGAAGUGGAAGAAGAUUCGGCCCCCGUUCACCGUGAACCCCCCCUCCCCCACGUCCGCCGCAACGACAUCAACAUGGGGAGGAAAAAGAUUCAGAUUCAGAGGAUCACCGACGAGCGCAACAGACAGGUGACCUUCACCAAACGAAAGUUUGGCCUGAUGAAGAAGGCGUACGAACUGAGCGUGCUGUGCGACUGCGAGAUCGCCCUCAUCAUCUUCAACCACUCGAACAAGCUCUUCCAGUACGCCAGCACCGACAUGGACAAGGUGCUGCUCAAGUACACCGAAUACAACGAGCCGCACGAGAGCCGAACCAACGCCGACAUCAUCGAGACAUUGCGAAAGAAAUCCUUUAACGGCUGCAACAGCCCCGAACCCGAUGGCGACGACUCCAUCGACCAAAGCCCGCUAAACGACGACAAGUACCGCAACAAGACGGACGACCUGGACACCCUCUACAAGCGCUACGGCGCCACCGUCCCGCAGCCAACCUUCUCCAUGCCCGUCACCGUGCCAGUGUCCAAUCAGAGCGCCCCACCGCCGCAACCCGCCACCCUUCAGUUCAGCAACAACCCGGGCGGCACCUUGGUCACCACCACCUCCUUCAUCAACGCCGCCCUCUCGGACCCCCGCCUGCUGUCACCGCAGCAACCCACCCUGCAAAGGAACACCGUCUCACCGGGACUGCCGCAGCGACCUGCAAGCGCGGGCGCACUCCUCAGUGGAGAUCUGGGAAACUCCAAUGGAGCGUGUCCAAGUCCAGUCCCUAACGGCUACUUGAGCGCCCGGGCCUCACCAGGCUUGCUGUCCGUCUCCAACGGCAACAACAGCAACCUGGUCAAAGUAGUCCCAGCCAAGUCUCCGCCUCCUGCCAGUCCUCAGAUGGUCAGCGGUCGCAAGUCGGACCUCCGGGUCAUCACCUCACAAGGGGGCAAGAGCCUCAUGCAACUGACAGAAGAAGAGCUGGAGCUGGUCAGCGAGAAUGCUCAGCGGCUAGGCGGCUCCCAGGUGCCGCAGCCCCUCACCACCCCAGUUGUUUCCGUGGCGACGCCCAGCCUCCUGGCGCCCUUCUCCGCCAUGCAGACAGCCUACAACACUGAGUACCAGUUGACGAGCGCCGACCUGACGGCCCUGCAGACGUUCACGCCGGCGGGCCUGGUGCCCGGCAACAUGGCUGCCUGGCAACAGCAACAGCAGCCGUCCGUCGCCCAACAGCAGACGGCGCCGGCUAUCAGCCUGGCCUCACUCACAAACCUGGUCAUGUGGGGUUCAGACAAACAGAGUGCAGAGAUGGUUAACUGCAUCUCCAACAUUGCUGCUAACCUCAGGCCAAUGGCUCCCCUCCCUCAGGGCACAGCGCUGACGGUCAACACCAACCCUCACGUCAACAUCAAAUCUGAGCCCGUGUCGCCCAACCGGGACCGCAGCACUCCCUGCCCCACCUUGGGCGCUGGCGUGCAAGUCCACGGGCAGGUGGUACCGUCGUACCCCGCCAGCGGCCAGGGCCGUUCUCCCGUCGACAGCCUGAGCAGCAACGCCAGCUCGUACGACGGCAGCGACCGGGACGACGCUGCCGCCCAGGGCCGGGGCGGAGGAGGAGGGGGUGGGAGCGGCGGCGGGGGUCCGGACUUCCAGCUCCACCAGCAGGCCGGCGUCCAGCAACCCACCAUGGUCCUGCUGCGGCCCGCCUCGACCGAGCCGCAGGAGCAGGACAACGUGAAGAGGAUAAGGUUGGACACGUGGGUCACAUAAAGUGCCGGCCAGUGCCAUGCUUGGCCAGGCCGAGUCGGACGGAACCAGUUGAGGCCCGUGACCCCCCCAAGUUCACACACACACACACACACGCCAGCCUCGAAACUCCUUCACACACACACACGAGCAUGCUUAACACUCGGGCACACACAUUCACAUGCACUACUCAGAAAAGGUUAGGGGCUUUGAGGUGAAUUUUUGGGAUGAACCUAUCAUGCAUUAGAACCUUUUCAGUUGAACUUCAUUUGACAAUGUUUCAGUGCUUUUUGUACAAUUUGCUUUUCUCAACAUGUUUGUUUGGGUUUUUUUCCAUUUAUUUCCAAUUAAUUCCACUUUGCCUUUCGGUGCCUCUUCCAGUCUCUCAGUUGCAACCUGCUGAUGACACCGUGACACUAAACUUAGUGUCCACUGCCCUUUGACCACAUCGGUUAAAUAUAUCGGUCAAAAAUAUGACUCUAAAUUUGUAAGAUUGUGACUUUUUUUUCCCUAAUAUAUUGUUGUCCCUUUUUUCUGGGGAGAAAAACAUUUACUUGUUUUAAAGCUGGCGGCCCGGUAAUCCAGUGGUUAGCACGUUGGCUUCACAGUGCUGAGGUACCGGGUUCGAUUCCAGCUCCGGCCUCCCUGUGUGGAGUUUGCAUGUUCUCCCCGGGCCUGCGUGGGUUUUCUCCGGGUGCUCCGGUUUCCUCCCACAUUCCAAAAACAUGCGUGGCAGGCUGAUUGAACACUCUAAAUUGUCCCUAGGUGUGAGUGUGAGUGCGAAUGGUUGUUCGUUUCUGUGUGCCCUGCGAUUGGCUGGCAACCGAUUCAGGGUGUCCCCCGCCUACUGCCCGGAGACAGCUGGGAUCGGCUUCAGCACCCCCCGCGACCCUAGUGAGGAUCAAGCGGUUCGGAAGAUGAAUGAAUGAAUGAAUGAAUGAAUGAAUGAAUGAAUGAAUGAAUGUUUUAAAGCUUCAGUGACAUAUUGUGAAAUAUUCUUCAAAAGAUUACGAACAUUCUUAAAUAUUUGAUUUGUGUAAAAUUAAGGCUGCAUUUUUAUUUCAUUCUCACAUUGCUUUUAUUUUAUUGUAAAAUAAUUGGGUUGGUAUUUUUAUCUUGUGGAUUCAGAUUUUUUUUGGUUGAGUUCAGAGUGUUAGCUGCUGGUUGCAAUACAGAUACAGAGACACUAGAAUAAUCACAGAUUUUUCCUUUUUCAGAAUUUGUCUUUGGUUUGUAAUUU